UCUUAUUCGGGUGAAAAAUAAACUUAAAAUUACUCGGAAUUUACUAUCCGAAGAGUAAUCGACGAUUAUUGGUGUAAAGAUAAAUUAAUUUAUAGUUAAUUUACUAAAUAAAGGUCUGCCUUUUUGGAUAAACAAAUGGAGACAAAAGAAAACCCUAAAGAAUUUAGAAAAAAUAUAGAAGAUACAUUAAUUUGCCAUGAUACAAACAAAAACAAUAAUAAAGUUGAACAGUUUUACACAUGUGAAGAAAAAUGGAACAUUCUACAAGAACUUCAAACAAUGUCUCCUGAAUUAGUGUGUGAAAAAUACAAUGUGGAAUUGGCUUUGUUAGAAAGAUGGAUUGAAAAUUCGGUAGUAAUUCAAGAAAAAUUAAAGAGAAAUAAAAGAAGUCGAUCAUCGUCAGAUUCAAAUAGUGAAACAGAUUCAUCUUCUAGUGAUUCUGAAAGUGGUAUACCGGAAAAAUUUAUUUAUCCAAAAAGUAAACAGAAAAUUCUUCAAGAUUUUGAGAUAUUACAUAAAAAACAAUUUAAUCGUAAAUAUGGAAUCAAUCAACAUAUUUUACAUAUUUUGAUAAUACAAAAGCUUCAAGUAAAGGACAUUCGCAACAAAAAUUCCAAUGAAAAAUCACAAACAAAUCAGAAUCAAAAUUUAAACAAUGAAUUUAUUGAUUGUAAUAUAGAAAAUUAUUUGAACUCAUUUAUUAACUUUCAAAGCUCAAAAAAAGGCUACACACAUGAAGAGUUGACACAAAUAAAGGUAAAUACUGAAAAAGCUCAGAAAUUAGUAAAGCAUUUGUAUGAUUGGUAUUUACAAAUGCAACAAAAAGGAAUUUUUAUUGCUGAAUUCAUGUUAAAACAAGAGGCAAACCGAAUAGCUAGAACGUUAAAUUAUGAUAAAUUUCGAGCCAAUAAUACUUGGUUGUAUCUUUGGUAUGAAAUAUACAAUAUUAAUUUAUAUACUAUCAAUAAGUGUGCAGAAUAUUUUGAUCGAAGUUUUCUUUCUCAAAAUUCUGAUUUUGCUAAACUUUCAUCUAAAAAGCAUGUACAAGACAAUUGGAAGGACAGACAAGAAGAAAUAGAUAAUGUAGGAGAAGAUUUAUUUUUUUGGUACGAUGAUAUUACAAAAGAUGGGAAGAUUAUAUCUGACGAAGACCUAUUUGUUCGAGCUGAAUCAGUAAGUAUACUUUUGAAUGAUCGACCCUUUUUUCCUGAUAUUGUAUGGCUUUAUGAGUGGAAAAAGCAGUAUAAUAUUAAAUGUGCUGAAACGGAAUGGAAACUUUUCAAAUACAGUAAAUCGUAUUUUAAAAGACACAGGAAUGUCAAGGCACAUAAAAUAUACUUUAAAAGAAAAAGAUUAAGACUUAAUAGAACUUAUAAAAACCAGCUGUCAUUAUCUGCAUCAUCUUCUGAAUCUAACGAAUUAGAUGAAAUAUACUUAAUGAAAUCAUGGAGACCGUUUUAGAUAAAAAACAAGCUUGUCGAAAACUUGAAUGAUUUUAAUUAUAUUUACUGACCAUUUUUAUUUAUAACGAAUUAGUUUUUAUAUUGAACUAAAUAUUAUUUAAAAAUAUUUAAAUUUAAUUUUUUUAUUGACUCUUCGGUACGUUUAUUGUAUUUAUAUGGCAUCAUGUAAAUUUUACUGUUCAAUAUCAUUAUUUCUUAAUGAUUAGUAAGUAAUGAAAGCAAUGUACUUUCCUAUUUGAUCAAUUAAAUAUCUCCGUUGAAA